AUGGGACCAUCGUUGGAACCAGUAUCAAUCAACGAAGUCGAAGUGCUCGCGGUACGGCUUCAAGCAGUGGCAGCGAGAGCGGUGCGAGUAGCCACACCGGUGUAUACUCGGAAGCGUAAAAGGGACAACAGCGCUCAGUGGUGGUCUUCGGAGCUAUCACGCCUGAGGCGAGAUUGCUCUAGAAAGCAGGCUGCUCUAUGCAAAGCCCGGCGCCAAGGUGAGCUCAGCAUCGAGGCUCUCGCCGAAGCAUCAAGGAUAGCUAGGAGACGCUACACUCAUGCAAUCAAGAAAGCCAAAA